AAAAGUGGGUCAGAUGUGGAUAAAGUUUUAUACUCCAGCAGUACAAGAUGCAUCCGCCAUCCACUAAAGUUAAACGUAUAAAUAACCCUUUACUGAUUCGCAUAGACAUGCCUGUCGAUAGGAAAUCUGAUACAUUCCGAGGGCUGGGGAGAGUGGUCAAAACCCAUUUGUAUGCAGGACAAGUGAAUCGCUGCAGAUCUAUGCAUGACGUGUUGAAAUCUCUUUAAUGUAAAGGAGUAAUCAAGAUUGGCGGGUACGGCAAACUGAAGGAUAUGUUGAAAGAUGCAGAAUGUGAAGGAAAUCAGGCUCUAGGCAUGAUUGAGGAAGCUGUGGAAGAAAUAUGAAAAUUGGGACCUGAUGCAGAUACAAACCUGACAAAGAGGGGAUAUCAGUUCCCAAAAAUGCCAAAGGAAGAACUUCAUGGCUCUGACACAACUGUGCAAAACAUGCCACCCCCAUCUGAUGAAGUGAAACGUAUUCACAACACUUUACUGGUUCGCCUAGACAAGACUUUCGAUAGUGAGUCUGACACCUUCCGAGGACUGAAGAGAGUGGCCAGAACCCAUUUGUAUGCAGGACAAGUGGAUCGCUGCAAAUCUAUGCAUGAUCUCUUGGAAUCUCUUCAAGGUAAGGGAGUUAUCAAGAUUGGCGAGUACAGCAAACUGAAGCUUAUGUUGAAAGAUGCAGAUUGUGAAGGAAAUGAGGCUCUGGAGAUGAUUGAGGAAGCUGAGGAAGACAUACGAAUAUUGGGACUGGACUCUGAGACAAAGAAAAGGCGUGAGAACCAAAAGGAGGAUCUUCAUGGAUCUGACACAACUGACUCUCCAACCACAGAGAAAUAUAAAGUUUGUCCUCCACCUACUCAGGAUCCAGAAAUGUUCCAGAAAACAUCUUACACCAAAGGAAAAGGCUUCUGCCUAAUAAUCAAUUUCUUUUCCAAAGGAAGAGAAGGUUCACAGCAGGACGAAACAAGAUUGAAGUCCUUCUUGGAAUCUGUGAACUGUGAGGUCAGUGUGCAGAGGGACCUGGACCAAAAACAAGCUGUUGUAUGUCUGGAGGACUGCCAAAGGGUUUUGAACACCCGCAUCCCACAGGCAUAUGCCUACUUCAUCUGUGUCAUCAUGAGUCAUGGAGAUCAGGACGGAAUAAAAACUAUGGAUGACAAACGGAUCACCAUGGAAGAGGUGAUGACCAAAUUCACAAAUGACCAGCUACAGGAUUUUGUUGGAAAGCCAAAGAUCUUCCUGGUGCAGGCCUGUCGGGGAGCCAACAACCAAUCUGGUUAUGCUGUUGCCGAUGAUGAAGUUGCUGAUUUAGUUGAGGAAGUUAUGAAACUUCCUAAAGAUGCUGACAUGCUUCUGGCUCAUGCAACAACACCAGGGUACAAGGCCUGGAGAAGAGUGCAGGAGGGCUCCUGGUUUUUCCAGUGUCUGCUGGACCUUCUGGAGCGGUACCACAACACAGAACACCUUGAGGAUAUCCUCAUCUCUCUGAGAGGCGUCAUUGCUACUCAACACGAAACCGCUGACGGCGUCAAACAAAUGCCAUGCACAUACAGCACUCUAACCAAGCGGUUUUAUAUCUGAAUUGAUUACCAAGUUUGAGGUGGUAAUUUUGCGAAAAGUUCACAGCUGUUGUGUCUAAGCUUUAGUAUGUCAACUUUAAUGUCUUUAAUUUGUCUCUGCAGUGUUGUCUCAUAUGUCAUAUUUUUAACAUUUUUGUUUUGAUACUCAGUUCUAAACUGAAAUUGUUACAUUGUAUACAUUUACAAAAAUUUGUACUAAACUUUUGAAAUUUGCCACUAAAUUGUAUCUUACCUCGGUUAUCUUUUUUUGUAAAAAGGAGUUUAUAUUUUUAGUAUGAGACUGAAACGUACGCUUACGUUGUUAGAUGUCUCAUUACGUUGUAGGUUAGUAAUUAUAUACACAGGCCCAAUCUUAGUGUACUUAGCUAUACCAUGUUUUAGAUAUACACUAAUCUUGGUUUUCACAUGUAUGUGUAGUUUAACUUUGACUAAUAUCUCAUAGAAUGAUGAGUGUUUUAGAAAAUACUUUAGAAUAUAAUUCUAUAAAAGAGGAAACAGCUUUUAAGAUCAGUAGAACUCCCAGAAUCCGACAAGAUGUGUGCUAUAGUCAUGACAUUCAUGGACAAAAUUUUAGGUGAAACACAGUAUACAGAGCUGUUGGUUACAUGCUGUUAUGUUAACAUUACCAACUAUUUUCCUUGAAGCCAAAUUUUUUUCUAAGAUGAACAGAACUCUCAGAAUUGGUUAAAUGAGUACCUUAACCAUGGAUGAAAGUUUAUGUUUUAAAAUAGUGCUUUUGGUAAUGUUCUGUUAUGUUAAUGCUACCAACCCUUUUUAUUUCCCUCCUGAAAUUUCUGCUUCUUGUGCUUUCCUUGGCCAGUAUUUUCAAGAACAAAUCCAAGUUUGUCUAUGAAAUAAGUUUCUUAUUUUUAUGUCCGUUAAUUAUUAUAGAGUUUGUUGAGUCUGCCUCAAGUCAAAUAACCAGACAGAUAUACUUGGGUUUCUAGUCUUCAUAAAUGCAUCUACCACACAUCUACCGAGUACUGUAGUAUAUGACUUUGGACAUGACGCUUAUAUUUGGAAACCGUAGUGUUUUUGCUACGUAAGAAUAUUUGCGCCAAGUGCUAAAAUCUGUUGUGUUGUUUAUAUGAAGUUGUUAAUUGCGGAAGUGCCUAAAUAUUUGAGGGGUUUUUUUUUUUGGCAAAGAUCAAAUUUUAACCGUUCUAUUCAAGUAUAUUUAUGGAAUUCAGUGCUAUCUUUAUCUUACAAAAUGUUUAGUCCAAACUUUUUACCGGUGAAGUACAUGUACCUGUACAAUAAUAUUAAAGUGUGUGCUGUCUAACAGUCUUCUUGAUACAUGUAAAUGUCACUUUUGCUUUACAUUGACAUUUGAUAUAUUUUUAUCGCCUGUGUUCAUGGAUUCAAAGUAAAAGCUCAAAACACCUUAUUCAUUUGUUAGAUUGUAACUAAAUCUUUAUGAAACUCUUAUAAUUGAAAAAGAUGUAUAUUUACCUUCUUUUGUAGGCAGCAUUCGUGGUAUUUUUUCCGAAAAGAAAGGACCAAAAUUAUGUGUUAUUACUGCCCAGACUCUGUCUGUCUGUCAUAUACCAUUUUUGGGACCAUAUCUCUAAAUCUAUUGAAGGGAAAUUCAUGGAGUUUGGCACAGAUGAUAAUUGUGACUACAGCAUGUGCCUUUUGACCUUUUCAUUUGUAUGCUUGUCUUAAUUUUCAUAUCAGUGAUAACUUAUUGUGCAUAACUAGCCGCAUCUUCACUGGUGUACUUCAAAGCCUAGUUAUAGAAACUCUGUGAACUUUUAUUGGUUUAUCUCUGAACCUUCGUGUAUUGUAAGGUAAGAUAGUAACAUUGUAGGUUUUUUUGUUUUUUUUGG